CGGGAAUCCAUGCUGGUAGCUCUGGGCGCUCACGCCCGCAUCCGCCUCCAGCACGCGCGUCAGCGGCGCCCACGCGAGGCCAACCAGAGGUGCCUGGGCUGAACUUUGACUGCCAUGGCCUUGGCAAGGGCCAACAGCCCCCAGGAGGCAUUGCUUUGGGCCUUGAACGACCUUGAGGAGAACAGUUUCAAGACGCUGAAGUUCCACUUACGGGAUGUGACCCAAUUUCAUCUGGCCCGAGGGGAACUGGAAGGUCUGAGUCAGGUGGAGCUGGCAUCAAAACUGAUUUCAAUAUAUGGAGCACAGGAAGCUGUGAGAGUGGUGAGCAGGAGCUUGCAGGUCAUGAACCUGAUGGAGCUUGUGGACUACCUCAACCAGGUUUGUCUGAAUGAUUACAGAGAAAUCUACCGGGAGCACGUGCACUGCUUGGAGGAGAGGCAAGACUGGGGUGUUAACAGCAGCCACAAUAAGCUGCUCCUGGUGGCCACAUCCAGUUCGGGGAGCCGUAGAUCACCUUCCUGUUCUGACCUGGAACAGGAGUUGGAUCCUGUCCAUGUGGAGACUUUAUUUGCUCCGGAGGCAGAGUCCUACUCAACUCUGCCCAUAGUGGUGAUGCAAGGAUCUGCGGGCACUGGAAAGACAACCCUGGUCAAAAAAUUGGUGCAGGACUGGGCCAAAGGGAAGCUGUACCAAGGCCAGUUUGAUUAUGUUUUCUAUGUGAGCUGCAGAGAAGUGGUCCUGCUACCCAAGUGUGACCUGCCCAACCUCAUCUGCUGGUGUUGUGGAGAUGAUCAAGCCCCAGUCGCAGAGAUUCUGAGGCAGCCUGAGCGGCUCCUGUUCAUCCUGGAUGGCUACGAUGAGUUACAGAAGUCCAGUCGUGCCGAGCGUGUACUUCACAUUCUGAUGAGAAGAAGGGAGGUACCGUGCUCCCUUCUCAUCACCACGCGGCCUCCAGCUUUGCAGAGUCUGGAGCCCAUGUUGGGUGAACGACGACAUGUCCAUGUCUUAGGCUUCUCUGAGGAGGAGAGGGAAACAUAUUUCAGCUCCUAUUUUACAGAUAAGGAGCAAUUGAGAAAUGCCCUUGAGUUUGUGCAAAACAAUGCUGUUCUCUAUAAAGCGUGCCAGGUUCCAGGCAUUUGCUGGGUGGUCUGUUCCUGGCUGAAGAGGAAGAUGGCAAGAGGCCAGGAAUUCUCAGAGACACCUAGCAACAGUACGGACAUCUUCACUGCUUAUGUGUCCACCUUUCUGCCCACUGAUGGCAAUGGGGACAGCUCUGAGCUCACCAGGCACAAGAUACUGAAGAGUCUGUGCUCCCUGGCAGCGGAGGGGAUGCGGCACCAGAGGCUGCUAUUUGAGGAAGAUGUCCUCAGAAAGUAUGGCUUAGAUGGUCCCAGCCUCACUGCUUUCCUGAACUGCAUCGACUACCGACAUGGGCUUGGCAUGAAGAAACUCUACAGCUUUCGCCACAUCAGCUUCCAGGAAUUUUUCUAUGCCAUGUCCUUCCUUGUGAAGGAGGACCAGAGUCAGCUGGGAGAGGCCACACACAAAGAAGUGGCAAAGCUGGUGGAUCCGGAGAACUAUGAAGAGGUGACUCUCAGUUUGCAGUUCUUAUUUGACAUGUUGAAAACAGACAACACCUUGAGUUUGGGGUUGAAGUUCUGCUUCAAAAUUGCUCCUUCGGUAAGGCAGGAUCUGAAGCAUUUUAAAGAACAAAUAGAAGCCAUAAAGUACAACAGGUCAUGGGAUCUGGAAUUCUCUCUCUAUGAUUCUAAGAUAAAGAAGCUCACACAAGGUAUCCAGAUGAAAGAUAUCAUUUUCAAUGUGCAACAUUUGGAUGAAAAGAAAUCUGUCAAGAAGAAGCCAAUUUCAGUGACAAGCAGUUUUGGUAAGGGAAAGGUACAAAGUCCUUUCUUGGAAACUGGUAAAAGAAUAAGGAAACAUAAGGCUUCUAAUGAGAAAAGCAGAGGGACAGAGGAACCAGCCCUGGGAAUUAGAAACAGUAGGCUGGAAAGCAGAGAAAAAGGUCAUAUGGAGAUGAACAAUAAGGAUGAUGGGACGGAGGGACAGGAGGAUGAGGAAGGACAGACAGUUAAAAAGGAUGGAGAGAUGAUAGAUAAGAUAAAUGGAUAAGAGAGAGGGAAGGACACAGGGACAAAUAGAAGAGAGAAUUACAUGAUCAAGACCAGGAGUUUUAGCACAGCAUGUGCAAUGAAAGACUUAUUGAAAGCAAACAGAUAUUUGAAAUUUAAUUAGUUAGCAUCCCUCCCCCUAAUAGGUGCUCAGUAUCUCCUGUGGUGUGAAGUUGAUUUGAGUAGCUCCUUCAGUGCUAGCAUACAAUGACUAAGAUUUUAAUUCUGACAUUAAAUUAUUUUUUAUUAUUUUUUAUUCUUAAGUAAAAUAAACUGUUUAAAAUAAGAAAAUGAGAAUCACAUACUCUAUAAAAUAUAUACAUAUAUGGAACACAUCUGUGCCAACAUGUAAAGGAAACAUGCUUUGGUAUAAUGGAAAGUCCUGUCGACUCUAUUUGUGUUCAAGGAUUGCUUAAAUAAAGAGUAGCUUCUCAUUCUUUCUAGACAUGUCUACACUUUCUAUUGUUAAAAGUGGGUCAUGGGUGGUCACAGCCCUAAUCACUGGUCUGGGAAAUACUUCUUUGCUUUGACCUGACUUAAUUAUGUACUAAUAUUUAUCAUAUUAGUACUGUUAGCCCCAGCUAUGCCAUCAACUGACUUUUCUUCAUGAAAAGAUGAUGCAGUUCCAAGAAUGGGCACAUCCUUUUCUACUCUGGGUCUCUCUAUAAUAGAAAGAAAAGGACUCUUGUUGUAGGCAUAAGGAGUUGAUUGAACUCAUUGCAUAGUGGAGGAAAUUGAGGUAUAAUCAAGAGCCCCUUCUAUUUCUUAGAUUCCUCAGAAAGUUCUUGACCCUCACAUCUCACAGCUAAUCAUGCAGAGGCCUGCAGAGACGGCCAACGUGGCACUUAAUCCUGCUCAGUGGCUAUUGUAGGCUCUAGUGCAGCUGAGUAUGGGCCUGGUAGCUCUACAGAAAAGCUGCAGACAGGACUCUUGCUUUUCUCAUUUUUUCUCUCAUGAGUUGAUCCCACAGGUAGCAAUUCCAGUCAUCUGUUGGACAUACCCAGAUAUCUGGGUGCAAAGAACUCAGCCUUGAACAGUGAGCUUGGGACAUGGUUGCCCUGGUAACUAGUUUCCACAUGGUAAAUGUGGUAGCUUGACAUUUGGCAAUCAUGUUCAUGGUAAGUUGAACCCACAGAUUGUGUGUAUAUAGAGAAUAUGUCUAAGAAGCGGUCUGUGUGCUCACAAGCUUGUUUAGAGAGCAGUUGAUAACUGGUUAUUAAUUAAUAAGCUGCUAAUUAAUACCCGCUGAAGUAGGUGUGUUGUCUCUGCAAACAAGUGAUGCUCUCAGAAGACCAGCUCCUGAGUGCCAUGGAUAAUUUGGGGAAAAUGAAACAGGUGUACAGCCAUAUCCUUGCAUGUUCUUGGUGCCAAGAAAGCUUGUUUAAGCAACAUGAAUUUAAGACAGAAUUAUGACUCCAGACAUAUUCUAAGAUUUCACUGAGACACAUUCAAUUCAAACUGUCUUGAGUGAAAGAUUAAAUGACCCAGUAGUUUUACAAAAAGCCAGAAACAAUAAAAAGAAACUCUACUUGAUUUUUAGUUUUGAGUAUUACUGGUUCUAUUGCUUUUAUUUUAAAACAGGGUCUCAGGUAGUCAAGCUGGUCUCAAACUUACUGUGUAGUCUAGGAUGACCUUGGACUUCUGCCUCUUGUACCUGCAGCCUCAGGUGUGGGGGUUAUAGUUAUGCCAUUAUUUCUACUAAUGUCAUUGUGGAUAUUCCUUCUCCCCCUGGUGCUACAGGUACUAACUAACAUAUGCCAGAAAAUUAGCUGAAGAAUCAGAGUUAAAAAACUCUAAUGAUCUUGUUAGGUUUUAUUUCUUGACAGAGAAUACUUUCUAUCUUGUUUUACAGCUUAUUUAAGAGAGGACUCCUGGGAAUAUUUGCAGUUUUCUUUUAGCCUUAAGCUGUAGGAUGCAGCUAAAUAAGAGAAGACUUUCAUGCAGACUUUACCACGAUGAACACAGAACCUUGCAAAAGCCUACAUAGAAUAAAAGGACAUAGAUUUACAAAGGCAGAUGACAAUGUCCUUCCACCCUUUCUGCCAGAAGUUAACUCCUUCUACUAGAAAAAUUAACUGUGAAAACGAGAACUUCUGUGAGCCUAGAGAUGAUCUAGUCCCAGAGAGGUCUGCACUUACAGGCUUUUAUAACUAGUUGGCCACUUGGGACUGGGGACUGAACCUAUGGCCUCACAUCGGCUAGGCCAGUAAGUUAUGUCCCUAUUGCUCUUUCACCCUCACAGCCACUCUUUCAAGAGAGAGUUCCACUGAGUUGCCCAGAUUAUCUUUGAACUCAUUCUGUAGCUUCAAGAGGCCUUUAAUUCAUGAUUUUCCUGCCGCAGUAUCUAGAGUAGCUUGGGUUGCAGGCUCAGAUGACCACUCCCACCUCCCAACUAGUCUUUAUUGGAUGUUUCUUUGCCUUUAAUUUGUCACUCACAGAGACUCGAAAUGCUUGGACUUUUGCCAUUUCUUUUUCUUUUUCUAAAUAAAAUUUAUUUUAAAAUGU